AUGAAUACAGCGGUGGCUGUGAAAGGAAACAACCAAUCGCCUCCGAAAUUACCGACUUUGGAUAAGGAUGUUAAAUUCAAGAAGUUCCCGCACCGGCCGGCCCUGUACGAGAAGCAGCACGCGAAUCAAAUCAAGGUGGACAAGGAUCUGAACGUCAAGACCAGGGAAGUGCUGGCCGUGAAGCAGAGGCUGGAUCCGAAGUUCGCGAUCGUCGGAAAACCGUACAGCCUGAAACAGACGGCGAGCAGCAGCAGGCUCUACACGAAGGUACCGACAUUGGAGCUGGCACAGGAGCAGUCGCAAGAGGAGCAACCUCAACGACAGCAGCAGGAUGUUGUAGUCAAGGAGGAGCUCGAUUCAAAACCAGAGGAAUUCAUCAAGUUAGAUCAGACGGAGAGAAUACAAGUGGAGGAAGAGGUGGCUGCGAAGAGCGAGGAAACCGUCGUGGCGGAACAGAUUCUGCAGAAUAUUAAUGAAAAACAAGAGGGCGAAGCACUACAAGAUGCAGCAGCGAGAUUGGAAAGUGCGGAGAUGGCGGCUUCCGAAGCUAACAUAAUUGGAAGCCUUACCGAUCGCGAAUUAGAACAAGACCAAGAGCAAGGGGACAAGGAUUCCGACAGCAAGGAUGGUGGAUGGAGGGCCGUCAAGUAUUCGAUUGCGUUCAUGGUCACUGCAGUCUCCUGCACUUUGGGCUAUUUGCUGGCCGCUUUCGGACGUCCCAAGUAUGAUUUUGAUGGCAACGCGAUCCCCGAUAAAUAUUCAAAUUUGCCAAUCUACAAGCAAUACAUUUUGAGAGCCUCCGAUGAGAUCAAGUACUACAACCGGCUGAUCAAAGAGCCGUCCAGAGAUAAGCUAUUGCCAGAUGUGCUGAAGCCACCGUACUAUCAGCCACCCUACACUCUGGUCAUGGAGUUCACCGACGUCCUCGUUCAUCCGGAGUGGACGUACAGCACAGGCUGGCGCUUCAAGAAACGUCCAGGACUGGAUCAGUUUUUGGAGUUGCUCUGUUCCCGUUUCGAGUUGGUCGUGUACACGGCGGAGAUGGGCAUGACUGUUUUCCCGAUAGUAGAAGCCCUGGACAAGAACAACUUAAUCAGCUAUAAGCUCGUCAGAGACGCCACGAAUUUCGUCGACGGUCAUCAUGUCAAAGAUUUGGACAAGUUGAACAGGGAUUUGAGCAAGGUCAUUGUUGUGGACUGGAACCCGGAGUCGGCCAAGUUCCACGGGGAAAAUCUGUUCAAGAUCGGCAGAUGGAACGGCAACGACGAUGACACGACCUUGCUCGAUCUGACGUCCUUCCUCAUAGCUAUAUCCGAAUGGGAAAUUGAGGAUGUGCGGAGCGUCUUGAAGUACUACAGCGGAUUCAAGAACCCCUUAGCGAUCUUCAAGGAAAGGCAGCAGCAGAUCUACUCCGCGCAAUAAUCCUACCAUAUACCAAGUUCAUUUCCGUUCUGUAAGGUUUUUUCUUCCUCUUAAUAUUUAUCUUUUUUUAUUUUCCUCGAAAAG